CACUGUCUACCUGCCUUCAUAGACCAUUCAUUUGACUUUUCUUUUACUGCUACGAACAAAAGCAAUUAAUUCAAUAUGUUGAUACAAAAAGAAGGGAAAUUCCUGCAGAUUCCUAUCAUACAAAAUUCUUUAAAGGAGAGGAUGAAUGACCAUUGGAGAGCAGAAAAAUAACUGGUAUACAAUGUUCCUCAAGUUCGCGGUGUUCUUACUCCUCCUCAGGGGAUAUGUAGCAUCACAGCAAAACGAUAUUGGUUUCACCUACAAUGGAUUUGGAGGAGUUAACAUGAGCUUGGAUGGCUUAGCUCAGAUUACAAGCAAUGGCCUCCUAAUGUUGGUAAACACCACAAGACAACAGUCGGGUCACGCCUUCUACCCUCAUCCGCUUCACUUCAUGAAUUCAUCAACAGGUAGUGUUUUCUCCUUCUCCACUACUUUUGUAUUUGCCAUGUUCGGUAAGUAUGGUGCAGUAGCUGGUACUGGAAUGACGUUCGUGAUCGCACCCUCAACAAAGUUCCCAGGUGCUGUUCCAGCAGGUUAUAUGGGACUCUUCAACAUGACAAACGUUGGAAAAUCAUCCAACCAUGUCAUCGCUGUGGAGUUGGAUUGCUACACAAGUGCGGAGUUCAAUGACAUCAAUGGAAACCAUGUCGGUAUUGAUAUCAACGACAUGAGAUCUGCUCAAUCUGCUCCAGCUUCUUAUUUUAGUGAUCAAGAGAAACGAUAUGUGAACCUGACUCUCUUGAGUGGACAAGCUAUGCAACUUUGGGUGGAAUAUUCUGGUACACAAAAGCAACUUAAUGUUACUUUAGGUCCUUUUAACGCCCCUAAGCCAACAAUCCCACUCUUGUCCUUGAACAGAGAUCUCUCUCCAAUCGCCGUAGAUCCUAUGUUUGUCGGCUUCUCAUCUGGUACUCACACCUUCGAUCUACACCAUUAUGUGUUAGGUUGGAGUUUUAAAAUGAAUGGGAAAGCAAAAGAACUAACACUCUCCCAGCUUCCUAAGCUUCCUCGUUUUGGACCAAAAAAGACACCUAGAAUUGUCAGUGUUGGAAUACCUAUAAUCGUAGUUAUUUUUCUGUUACUCUUCAUCUACCUCAUCAAAUCUAUAGUUAAAACGAAGAAAAAGUUUGCUGAAGUGCUUGAGGAUUGGGAAUUGGAAUAUAGACCUCACAGGUUCAAAUAUAGAGAUCUCUAUAUCGCCACCAAGGGGUUUAAGAACAAGGAGCUUCUAGGAGUCGGUGGGUUUGGUAGGGUCUAUAGAGGUGUACUACCCAGAUCCAAAGCAGAAGUUGCAGUGAAGAGAGUUUCCUACAAUUCUAGACAAGGGGAGAGAGAAUUUGUUUCUGAAAUCGUCAGUAUUGGUAAAUUGCGGAAUCGGAACAUAGUACCACUGUUAGGGUAUUGCCGACGUAAAGGAGAGCUCCUUUUAGUCUAUGAUUUCAUGCCCAAUGGGAGUCUAGAUAAAUUCCUAUUUGAUCAAACAAAAACAAAGAUGACACUCAAUUGGAGUCAGAGAUAUAGAAUCAUCAAAAACGUGGCAGCCGCGUUAUUUUAUCUGCACGAAAAAUGGGAAAAAGUAGUGGUUCAUAGAGAUGUGAAGUCUAGUAAUGUCUUAUUGGACAAGGAGUUCAAUGGAAGAUUAGGAGAUUUUGGGCUUGCAAGAUUAUAUGACCAUGGAACCGUUCCUCAAACCACCCAUGUCAUGGGGACACUUGGUUACCUAGCACCAGAACUUUGUAGAAAUGGGAAAGCAAAUCCAAGUGUGGAUGUGUUUGCAUUUGGUGUUUUCUUGCUCGAAGUUGCUUGUGGUAGGAGGCCUAUAGACCCAAGAGCAUCAGAAGAGUGUGUGGUGUUGGUCAAUUGGGUUCUCUCACUUUGGAGUAAGGGCUUGAUUCUUGAUACUGUGGAUCCAAAAUUGGGAAUGGAUUAUACUGUGCAGGAAAUGGAGGUUGUGUUAAAACUUGGAUUGCUUUGUUCUCACUCAGAUCCAACUGCAAGACCCCACAUGCGACAAGUUGUGAGCUAUUUGGAGGGGGAGGUCCCCUUAUCGGAGCUGUCAUUGCUUGGUCUAAGCACAACUACAAAUGCCAGAACUUUGGUCACUCCUAUUGGUCUUGGUAGCACAGAGAAUCAAUCAUCAUCAGUUGCAGAAUCUGUACUGUCUGGUGGCCGAUGAACUCUCGAUUAUAAUACAGUUUCUAUCAUAACUCAAAAAGGGUCCUUGUACGAUUCAACACGAUUAGAGUCAUCGAGAGGGACAAGAAGUCAUUAUGGUGGCUCAACUACACCAACAACUCAAAGUAAUGGCGCCCAGCCUGGAUCUGCCAAAGGAGAGUCUUGAACCAAGCAUAGGAUCAUGGAUUCAGAGCUUGGUAUUGAAUUGGGGCUCAGCUAUCCUGGAAACUAGUAUGAUAUUAAUAUGGAUUGGCACAUAUCAACUUGUAUCAAAUGGUUUUGCCCUUCUUUUCUUAUAAAAUUAAAAUUUUUAUUA